AAACAAGAAAUGGUUUGGCAGUUAUAAUGAGUGAUAUUUUGGAUGGCAUCAGUAACAACGCAAAAAAACAGUGAUCAGAAUAUAUAUAUUAAAAUGGAAGCAACACUGUAAUCGACCCUGAACUGGCUUGACAGAGACUUUGCAGCAAAAGUGUACAGUAGUCCCAACUCAUAGACAUAGUACUAUCUGUUAUUUACCAAAGUAGUAGGUGCCAGUGGUAUGAUGAUGAUGAUGGCCUGGAUUUUGCAAAAAACACCAAGGGGGCAGCACUUCAAAAAAUGACCUGGUUUUCACUUGAUAGAGGGUCAAGGGACAUUUCCAGUUACACCCAAACCGUUAUACUGGUUGUUGUGAUCUAAGGAACAGGAGCUCAUCAUGGGAAGGACAGAGAACACAGCUGCAAGAGUCCAUGCAGAAAGAGAUCAACUUGAAGCAAAGUACAAUCAAUAUAAAGCACUGGUGGAUGAAUUGUCACAGCAUUUCCAGAGAGCAAAACAUGGUCUUCCCAUAUGCAGAUAUAGACAACUAAAAGACAUGAUAAAAACCUGCUAUGAUCACUUUCAGAGGAUGGAACAAGAAAGUAGCGGAGCUGCCACUGAAAGUGUGGGGAUGCUGGCAGGAUCCAGGGACCUAGCAGAAAAAGUACAGCAACUGAGAGACAGGUCAAUGCUGGCUGCAAGAUACAAACUAGAAAACUCCAAAAAAGAAGUACAGGCACUCACUGUUAACAUGGAAAUGGAAGCAAGUGAUUAUCAAGAGAAAAUAUUGCAUAUCAAGCAGCUGAUUGAAGCCAUGUAUGAGAACUACGAGGCGUCCAAGAGCCAGUCUCCUAGGCAGAGAUAUAACACCAUGAAAAACAUAGCUAAAAGUGUGUUCAAUGAUCCAAAUAUUUGACAGAAGUACCUUUAAGUUAGAGUUUUGCCCUUGCUUGUCAGAGGGAAUGAUUAUCUAUGUGUACUAUAAUACUGGUAUGCAAAUGCAAAGACUUGGAUCCAUGUAUGUGUAUAGAAAGGUUUUUAUUUUCAACAGACCUAGCUAUGUGAAUUAUGUCCAAGAACCUGCCAUUCAACUCUUGACCAAAUAAUAUAUAGAGUAACAUUCCAGGACGAUCUUGUCCUAUGACAAAGCAACAGAAACCUCAUCAAUCAAUCAUAUAUUUUUAAAAUUAGUUACAUUCCAAGUGCUUUUCUAGUUUAUAAUAAUUUUCCACUGCAGUUGGUUUUUUGGGGUUAUUAUUUUUCAUCAUUUAAAGUGACAUUGAUGCCAGCAUUGUUUACACCAUUCAGUAAGAAAAUUGGAUGCUUUCUCUUUUUGGAAAUUUGUGCAAAUCAUAACGAGCAUAGAGGAGACAGAAAAGAAAUUAAAAAUUCUUAUUAGCAAAAACCGUGUUUAUUAUAAGUAAUGGUAUCGAUGCCUUAAAUAUUUUGUACCUUUCUCCUAAAUCAUAAAUUAACAAUGAGUGAAUAAUGUUAAGGUCUAAUUUAAGUUUUUCAUAGUGAUAUGCAUUAUACAUUUACACAGAUGCUAUCAAGUUGAAAUUAAUUCACAAGUAAUCAUAAAUAUUCUUUGUUGAAAAUGGCUUUUAUGAGUUUUUUCUGGGUGAGGCAAAGCUUCACUAUCGCACGUCACGUCCAAUAAACUAUGCUAUCAAAAUAAUUUGGAUCUCAUGUCCUAUUUAAGUAGUCAUAAUUAUAGUAACCCACUGCAGGACAUUUGGCUUCAUGAGUCAUUUCAAAAUUUGUCAAAAAGCAAUUUGGGAUAAAGAUAUAGCUGAACAUCACUCUCAGCUGAACAAUUUCAAGAAACAUGUCUUUCUCAGCACUCUUUCAUUAGAUUUCCAUUCAUUUUCUCCCUUGGGCAAUAUCUUUUACAUUUGCAAAGGGGAAACAUAUUUAGACAAAUGAUGUUUUUUAUCACAACAAUCACUUUUAUCACGCUGUGUGUCGCACGCAUGUUCCUGGAAUAAUCAAGUUCUCAGAUUAGCAGUGGGUGCAAAGUCUAGCCAUACCGUUCAGAGCCAUAAUGAAACUACUAAUUUAAGAGUACUUGGAGUGAGUU